ACCCGCGCUUCUUCUCAAAUACGAAAAAUCACAUUCUCUCCAUUGCGAUUCUCUACAGUUUUCUCCAUUUCACCAAUGGCUGAGCCGAUCUCAUUCCACAUUCUCUCAGAUGACGAUCAGGAUCCAAGUUCACUGCACUCUACUCCUCUUCCAAUCCAGUCCAAGAAGCGAAGAACAGAGGAUUGCGAUCCUAUCUCUACGCUUCCAAACCCUACAAUUCUCAUCAUCGAUGAUGACCCGACGCCGCGGAAGCCAGGUUCAGACUCCACCCCGUCGUUCGUGGCGGAGACGCCGUUGUCCGGUUUAUCCAAAUCCGAUGUCUCAAUUGUUAAAUGCACCUACGCUUCAUCCAAUCCGGAAGUUAGGGUUUCGACUUCUGACCAAAAGUUUGCUGAAAUUAGCAGAUUGAUAUGGUUGGAGUCUGACAAUGAAUCUGAAAGUGGUAUUGGGAGGGGAAAUUUGAAGGAAAAUGAAAAUGAAACGACUUGUGUUGAUUCUAAUGUUCUGAAAGUUUCAGAUUUGAGUUCUCAAUUUGUUGAGCCUGCAUGUUCUCCGGGGUCUGUCAAUGAAACAUGGAUGUAUAGAGACGGUUGUAUGGUUCCAACCUUUUUGGAAGAUGAUAUCCAUCAGCAGGUAGAGGACCAUAGUGACAAAGAAAAUGUUGGACUGGAGCAAAAGGAUGAUGUCCUAAAGCAAAAGAGUACCAUUGAAGUUAAUGCAGAGAAGAAAAAGAGAAUGGACAGAGCAAUGGGAACAAAAAAUCAAAAGAAAGAAGAAAGAAUUCGAUUAAUGGAAGAAAAGAAACUAAAGAAGCAAGAAGAAAAAUUGCAGAAAGCCGCUUUGAAGGCUGAAGCUGCUGAGGUGAAGAAAUUGCAGAAAGAAAAGCAGAAGUGGGAGAAAGGGAAGCUUGCGCUAAAAUCCAUUGUGGCUCAAAUUGACACCAAGGUUAUAGAGUUGGGGUCAAUUGGAGGACAUCUGCUUUCAAGGUUUGCUGAAAAGGGCCUUACAUUCCGUGUAACAUCAAAUCCAAUUGCAAGGUCCAUUGUAUGGACAAUGACUGUUCCAGAACAAAUUUCACAGCUUUCUCCUGAAGGAAUGGAAAUCCCAUAUGUAUUGCUUGUAUAUGAGGCUGAGGAAUUCUGUAAUCUUGUUACUAAUGAAUCUCUUAUGGAUCAUGUUUUGGGUGUUCAGAGUCAUUAUCCAUCUCAUACUGUUUGCUAUCUCACAAAUAGGUUAAUGGCCUAUAUCCAUAAAAGGGAGCAGGGACAUUACAAGAACCCCACAAAUAGUAGCAGUUGGAGACGCCCUCCUGUUGAGGAGGUUCUGUCAAAGCUAACCACUCAUUUUCUUAGGGUACAUUCAAGACAAUGCAUAGACGAAGCUGAAUUAGCUGAACAUGUUGUUGGUUUGACAUGCAGCUUGGCCUCUUGUCAAUUCAGAAAGAAGUUAACACGGUUAUCUGUAAAUGCUAAUGGUUCCCUUAUCCCCAAGGAUUCCACAGAUAGGAAUCUAAUAAAAAAGAGUGUCUGGUUAAAAGCAUUGGUAGCUAUCCCAAAGGUACAGCCACGAUUUGCUAUUGCAAUAUGGAAGAAAUACCCAACCAUGAAAUCCCUUUUGAGAGUUUACAUGGAUCCAAGUAAAUCAGUGCAUGAGAAAGAAUUUCUGCUCAAGGACUUGACAACGGAAGGCUUACUUGGUGAAGAUAGAAGAUUAGGUGAGGUUUGUUCUAAGAGAGUGUACAGAAUACUCAUGGCUCAAAGCGGAAAUAUGAAAACCGAUGAUGUUGAGGAUGGUGCUGAUUUCUUCAGACACCAAUCAUCUUAAAUUGUGAUUCUUGGCUAUCAUUGUUAUCAUAUGAACAGAAAUAGAUCCCUGUAUAUGGUUCACCAUCAUGUUUCGCCCACGAAUUUCUUUGCUCUGCAUUAUGUUUUGUGUCUCAUUCAUUAAUUCAUACAUUUCCGAGCAUGAGGACUUAGUUGAAGUCAGCUGGAAUCCACUCUCUCAAGCAGCAUUGAGAUUGGCUUUUGAUUUCUAUCCAUGUUGCCGGGUCAGUAAGUCUAAGCAAGUUGGAUAGUGACAAGUUGGGUGCAAACAGUGACAUUUUUACGGACUAUACCCCUCUUCAGCUCUUAGAGGCAUAAACCCCAACCAACUCUGACAAGGGUUGCUGGAGCAUGCCUGAUUAUUUAGGCUCAAGCUUCUCCCACAGUGACUUGUGCUUCCUGGCUGACCCUAUCUUCUUGCUGCUGUUACCUAAUCAAGGUGGAGUGUACGUCAUCUCUUGUUACCAG